AUGAAGGGGAGUGCGCCUUCCGUGGUUACUAGUGCCGCUGUAGCUCCUCGACCCCGGCCGCCGUCCUCGCAUCGCCGUCCCUUUCCAAUUCCAAAGCCAUGGAAGAACUCGCGGGUCGCAACGUCGGCGUCGACUGCGGCGACGACGACGACGCGCCGACGCUCAGCUCACAAGCCCUCGCGGCACUCCAGGAAUUCCUCCGCGAGCAGAACCAGAACCAGAACGAGUCGCCGGCGGACCAGUCGGAGGUGGCGCUGGUGACGGAGGACUGGAGGCUGAGCCAGUUCUGGUACGACCGCGAGACGGCCGAGGCCGUCGCCAACGAAGUCCUCGCGCUCUGUUCGGGCACUCCCUCUCGCGUUGCUUGCAUCGCUUGCCCCACGCUUUAUGCUUAUCUCAAGAGAAUUGAUCCCUGUGUAUCUGUGCAACUGCUCGAGUAUGACAAACGUUUUGAACAAUACGGAAGUGACUUCACGUUUUAUGACUACAAUAAACCAGAAGAGUUGCCAACUGAAAUGAAGCAUGCUUACCAAGUUAUAGUUGCAGAUCCUCCAUACCUGAGUGGGGAGUGCUUGGAGAAAGUUGCUCAAACCAUAUCUUUCCUCUCGCAGUCAAACGCUUGCUUGCUUUUACUUACAGGAGAAGUUCAAAAGGAUAGAGCUGCAGAACUUCUUGGUUUGCAUCCAUGCAUAUUCCGGCCUAAGCAUUCCAGCAAGCUUGGGAAUGAGUUUCGCCUAUUCACUAACUACAAUCCAGGGAUGCGAUUGGGAGGAUGGGAGCAAGAGAAAUAGAUGAUGCUUCUUUUGAUGUGAAUUUUGUUUGUUAGUGUUGUUUUUCAUGUCAAAAGGGAUGUCAUAAGCUUGCCGGUUUGCCUGGAGGCAUGACUUCAAAAUCGAGUGCUUCAUAGUGUCUGCAUUUCUCUGAAAACUUAACCCUGGGUUGAUUCUGAUAAAAAAAUCCUAGGUUGAUGAAUAAUGCAACUUUUGACCGCCGUUUUUGGAGUAAAUUCGGACCCUUCUCAAA